CACUGAUUAAAGUUAAGGGGUUCGCUGCAUGACGACGCAGGCACAAUUCCUUCUGAUCUGAACGACAAAAGUGUCCACUUACAUAGUUCAACAUUUAAAAUGGUGAAACUCAGAGGAGGAAUUCUUUAUUUCUCCGUUCUCAUAAGCAUCUGGUAUAUGCUCAUGUUAAGCAAUAGUUUGCUGAUUGUUGCCCAUCCUCUCGACCCAUUGACCUCAGAGGAAAUCCAAAAGGCUGUCAGUCUAACCGAGAAGUCUAAAGAAAGUCCUGAUAUCAGCUACAUUUACAACUAUAUUGCACUUAAGGAGCCACCAAAGGCGUUGAUGCUCUCGUAUUUUCGAAGUGACACCGAGCCACCUACACACGUGUAUCCACGCAAGGCUUUCCUCAUGCUGAUAGAAAAUUCGACAUACAAUGUUCACGAGGUUGUCGUGAAUUUAAAUGCAAACCGCAUUGAAAGCAAAAUUAGAGUUUACGGCGUUAGGCCAAUGUUUUACAUAGGUGGGGUUCCUCUACCUACCGAAAGCAUAAAAUCUGACGCUCGAGUCCAAGAAAAAUGCGCAAAAUUAGGAUAUCCGAAUAUGACAUUGGUAGUAGUUUCUCAAGCUUACGACAUUGUCACUGAUAAUCGCGGAGACAAGUUAUCUUUCUUCCUUUUGAAUGGUCUGAAUUUCAAAAUGGAUAAUCCAUACGCUCAUCCCCUGGAUUUCUUUGUUGCGUAUGACUUAACCACUAAAUCGAUACUCAAGAUUCAAGAUUUGCCCACACAUGACGAUUUUAGUGUAAACAACGAAGGAAAUACUGCGCCCAAAAUGGAAGGCAACUAUGAUUACACUCUGAGAGGCGGAAAAGCAUUCCUUCGUCAUGAUGACAAACCAAUCUUGGUCAGUUCUCCUGAAGGCGUUUCCUACAAAAUAAGAGGCAACGAAAUUCAAUGGCAAAAAUGGAAAAUGCGUGUUGGAUUCAAUGGACGAGAAGGACUAAUACUUUACACUGUAAAUUAUAAUGAUGGCGGUACGCGAAGGCCAAUUUUAUACCGCGCCAGUUUGGCUGAAAUGUUUGUUCCUUACGGCGAUCCUAGACCUCCCUAUCACGUCAAAGUUUGGUUUGAUAUAGGGAAAUACGGCGUUGGUUACACUGCGGCAGAACAAAGAAAUGGCGAAGAUGUUCUGGGGUCGGCGGCUUUCUUUGACAGCAUCCUUCACGACGCGUAUGGGAACCCGAUGAGAUACAAAAACGUGUUCAGCGUAAGGGAAGAAGAAGCCGGGAUUUUGUGGAAGCAUGUCGACUUCAGGACGAAGGAGGGCUUUGUCGUUCGCUCUCAUCGGCUAGUCCUAUCCACAAUCGCCACCGUGGGAAAUUAUGACUACGGGUUUAACUGGGAAUUUUACCAGGACGGUUCAAUUCAAUUCGUGGCACAGCUCACAGGAAUUGUUAGCACGAAUAUGAUGGCGGUAAAUGCAACUCCUGCAGGACAUGGUACUACGAUGGCGCCACAGGUCAAUGCCCAGUACCACCAACAUUUCUUCACCGCCCGUCUCGACAUGGAUGUAGACGGAGACGCCAACUCCGUGUCAACGCUGGAUAUUAAACCCGUUCAGGGAAAUUCAGGUUCAGCCACCAAUCCAUACGGUCAAGGGUUCACAACUUCCCAAACGGUACUGCAAACUGUGGGAGAAGGCAGGACAACCAUCGAUCCUCUCAAAGGUCGCACCUGGGUAGUCACGAAUCCAAACAGUCCACAUAAAGUGACCAACAAACCUGUCGGGUGGAAGCUGAUGCCGCACAGUUAUCCGCCUGUCCUCAUGAAGGCGGACAGCCCAAUGAGAAAGAAUGCCGGAUUCAUGGCCUACGACAUGUGGGUCACGCUUCAAAAUGACGAUCAAUUGUAUCCUGGCGGCUUCUACUUAAAUAAUAGCGGUCUCCCAGAGUGGGUUCGUGAUAAGCUAGGAGAAACCAUUGAAAAUAAGGACAUUGUUCUUUGGCACAAUUUUGGCUUGACUCACAUUACAAGGGUAGAAGAUUACCCAAUCAUGCCAGUAGAAACAACUGGAUUCUGGCUCAAACCGUUCAAUUUUUUUAAAGAAAACCCAAGCAUUGAUGUGCCUCCUGCAGGGUCCCAAAACUAGAUCCAAUUUUCAACUAAAAUUUAUAUCGGG